CAACAUUCCGAUCCAUCCAACUUAAGAAUUUCUUAAGUAACCUUGGAGUUUCCCUUGCCUAUGCUUCAUCUUCAGAAAGCAAUGGACAAGUUGAAAAAACACACUCGACCAUAAUAGAAAUUUAUAAUACAAACAAACACAAAUUUCCCGAAAUGAACACACGAGAACUAAUCUCAAUUUGUAUUUCUUUAUAUAAUUCCAGCGUGCACUCGGCAACACAGUUCACACCGAACGAGGUUCUUUUUAAUCAACGGAAUUAAAUUGACCCACAAGAUAUUUUUAGAGAGGCCCAAGAAAUUUUUUCAAAAGUAAAACAAAACAUAGAAAAAGCUAGAAAUAUUCAAGCAAAAAGUAAUUUUCAUAAAGAAGACCCACCGAUAGUCGAAGAAGGCCAAAGAGUGUUCGUUAGACCCAAUAUUAGGAAAAAGCUAGAUCCUAGAGCAGUCCCUACAGCAGCAAAACAAAUUAAAGAGAAAACCUUCGAAAACACUAGAGGAAUAAAAAGACAUAAGGGUAAAAUUAAAAGAUUGAAAAAAGUAUGAAGUUUUUCAAUGUAUUAUUGUUUAUAUCAAUCAAACAGAUACUAGGCCAAUAUUUAGAAAUUAACGAUCUUCACCAUAACCCAUUACUCAUGCUAAAAGAACAAAAUUGCUACAUUCAAACAGGGAUUAUUAAAAUUUUGCACCCAAUAAACUUGACAAUGUUAGAAAUUAAUGUUGCUUUGUUUUUAGAGUUUUCAAGAAAAAUCGAUCAAGAUUUACCUAUGUCAAACCUCAUCUUGCGAAAAAGUAGACAGCUAGCUGAUAAUUUAUAUAAAUUAAAACCAGUCAGAAGAAAUAGGCAUAAAAGAUGGGACAGCAUUGGCAAAGGCUGGAAAUGGCUCGCAGGAACCCCAGACGCAGAUGAUCUGCGUAUAAUCAACAGUACAUUCAACGCCCUAGUCGACCAGUCCAACGAACAGAUCAAAAUUAACCGAGUUAUCAACGAAAGGAUUUCGAAGAUAACUAACACCGUCAAUCAACUCACAUCAGUGAACAACAUUCUUCUUAAGGAGACCGACGCUAUCACCCUACUUUUAUCCUUGGAUACGAUGAACAACAUCCUCGAGGAGAUUGAAGACGCCAUCUUGAGGGCUCGUGUAUCACUUUCGAAUAGACAACCAGAAUCCCCAAGAAAGCGCAAGGAGUUUUUCCCCAAUCGAACGAGGACGUUCGAUCUUACCCCCCGGAGGAAUUACGUGAUGGCCCACCGACACCGACCAACCAGCACCGACCAAACCGAUAGAUCAGCAAUAAAGGAGUCAGACCACACGAGCAAAGUCCAAUGACCAGCGACCCAGAUGUGAUAUGCCCCAUCAGCAGUUUUAGUAUACAAAUAGCCGGUUCGAACCCCCGAUCAAUCUCUUUUUAGUUCAGGUACUUGAGGUAAUAGGUAGUUUGUAAGAAGUGUUGAGAUGUUAUUAAGUGAAAAUCGAUAGAAUAAAAUAUUUUUUUUAAUGAAACGU